AUGCCUCUGAUUAUAAUUUGCGGCACUCCUGUAAGUGGAAAAACCACUAGAGCCAGAGAAAUAAAAGAAUAUUUUGAGAAGACACAUAACAAACAAGUUGAUAUUAUAUCAGAGGAUGAAGCUAUAAUAAAGUUGGGUUAUGACAAGGAAUCAACAUACUUAGAUUCUCAAAAGGAAAAAAGGGUGCGUGGAUAUCUUAAGUCUGAAGUCAUACGACUUAUUAAUAAAGAUAACAUUGUUAUAUUGGACGGCAGUAACUAUAUCAAAGGCUAUAGGUAUGAGCUAUACUGUGCAUCAAAAGCAUCUAAGUCUACACAAUGUACUGUAUACACAAUACGGUUUCACCAGGACGCAUGGGAUGAUAAUCAGAAAAGGAUUAAAGCUAAGGAAGAGUUAAAUGGAAAUACUGAUUUACAUACCGAACCUUAUACUGAAGAGAUUUUUGAUGCUCUUACUAAAUUAAGGUUUGAAGAGCCAAACUCUAAUAGUAGAUGGGACAGUCCCCUGUUCACUGUUCAACCAUCUGAUAUAUUGGAUCUUGAAGCAAUAUACAAUGUACUUUAUAAACGGAAGCCUCCUCCACCCAACAUGAGCACACAGAAUCCACCACUAUCAUCAACAAACUUUUUAUACGAACUUGACAAUACUACACAAGCAAUAUCAAAACGGAUUCUUGAAGCAAAGGAAUUUGAUGCUUUUGAAGUGAAAUUUUCUGAAUAUCCUGGAUGUGUCCUUGAAGCAAACUUCCUACAAACAAUAAACCCACAAAGUCUGCUCAGAUUAAGACGGCAGUUCCUUACAUAUGCUAAAAUGAAUCAUUCAAAUGAAAAUUCUAAUAAGCUUGGUAGAUUUUUCAUUCAAUAUUUAAAUAAAUCUUUGAUGAAUUAA